CAGUUGACAGUGAGUACCCCCAGCGAAGGGAGCUUCAGGCGCCAACAUGGCCGACUUAACCACUGGUGUGGCCGAAGUCGAAGUUGAGGUGGAAACUAUGGUGGAACCUCAACAAGAAGUUCAAAUCGAGACGCAGCCUAUGAUAGCCCUUCAGCCUCUGACAGAGCCUGAGAACGAAGAAAUCGUUGUUCAAACGACGGAAGAAGUUAUCGAGGAGUCAAAACACGCCAUAGUUGAAGAAGUGUCUAUCUCCACGACUCCUUCAGGCAAACAGAGAAAAAGCAGAGGAAGCAGGACUAAAGGUCUGGGAAGAUCGGGAAAGGGUCAUGUAAACUCUACUACAUCGAGUGCGUCAAACGCCUCGAACAGUGAGAGAGGGGGUGGUAUUGGAGAUACUGAACGCUCAGGUACGCGCAAAUGGGAACAAAAGCAAGUUCAAAUAAAGACUCUCGAAGGCGAAUUUGCCGUGACAAUGUGGGCGUCGGAGGAGAAAAAAGCUCAGCAAGAAGAGUUGAGUCAAGCUCCCGACUUCACCGAGUACAUGACUGGAAAAAAGAUACCUCCUGGUGGUCUUCCUGGGAUUGAUUUAAGUGAUCCGAAACAGUUAGCAGAGUUUGCAAGAAUGAGACCAAAGAAGAUGAAAGAAGAAGAGGGAGCAAGAACAAUAGCAUGUCCACACAAAGGUUGUACAAAGAUGUUUCGAGAUAACUCUGCCAUGCGAAAACACUUACAUACACAUGGACCAAGAGUCCAUGUCUGCGCUGAAUGUGGCAAGGCUUUUGUGGAAAGUUCAAAACUUAAGAGACAUCAACUGGUUCAUACUGGCGAAAAACCUUUCCAGUGUACAUUUGAAGGCUGUGGUAAAAGAUUCUCAUUGGAUUUCAACCUUCGCACACAUGUUCGCAUCCACACUGGUGACAGACCAUAUGUCUGUCCUUUUGAUUCUUGUAACAAGAGGUUUGCCCAGUCAACAAAUCUCAAGUCGCAUAUCUUGACACAUGCAAAAGGAGGAAAGUAAAAUGCUAUUCUCAAGGACUUUGGCAAUUUGUGCAUAGAUUUUCAUGGAUGAAACCUUUUUGAUUCCACAGAGGAAUCUUGUGUCAAGAGUUCAGUACAACUUUGAUAGAAUUUCUAGAUACAGCCAUGUACAUUUUACAGUCGUGUCUUCCAUACUUACCCUUUGAGUCUAGCACAAAUGUGGCUUCUAUCCAUCAAGAAAGUUUCUGCUUCUAGGGAGGUCUCCCUAUAGGUUGGCAGAUGGAUCGAAGAGGACAUUAUCAGAGAGGAUUGGCUAUUGAAUGUUAAUUUGCAAAUCAAUGUGGUAGCUUUUUACCCAGUCAUCUCAAAGUCACAGAGCUGUAAAAUCAUCCUUCACUUGCGUUUGACUCUAUGGACUUUUGUAUUGAUAUGCAGCAUUUACUUUCAGUAACAUGAUCCUCUUUUUCUUUUCACCUGAAAUGUUCCAUAUUGUAUUUUAUCAGCUGUUACUGCUUUUUCUCAACCCUUAAAAGAUGUUUAUAAAAUCAAGCCAGCUUUUGUUAAAAAGAAAAGUGUGAAGCAGGUAUUUUAAUCACAGGGAAAGCCUUUUCUUUGUUUUAUUUGAGAGUUCUUCUGGAACAAAAGUCAAAAGUGUAUUAUAAAAGGUGAUUUUUAACCUUGCUCUCUAACUGGCUCACUGUUUAAGUCUAGUACAUAGACGUUGUUGUAAAAAAGUUAAUCUAUUUCACUGUAAUACCUGUACAUGUACGUCUAAUCUCAACGUAGUAUUAAAGUCGUCAUUAAAAACAU